ACAUGAGUGAACAUCUGCGUAUGCUUACUGUGGCAGCCUCUGCCCGCUCUCAUUCCUUGUAGGCCCCACACCCUCCAGGAGCUCUGUGGCUGGGGGCUGCGGGCAUGAGCUGUCAGCCGGGGUGUGGUUUGGCACUGGGUGCCCCCAGCCGGCUUCCUCUAGGGCCUGCCCCGCCUUACUGGGCUGAAGGAGGGGCUCCUGGAAAGUUUGCUGUUUGCUGGUCUCCUCUCCUUUGCAUUCGUCCUAUUUUCUUCCCAUCUUGAGCUUGCCGCCUCACUCUAGUCUCCUUUUUCCUUACUGAGUUCAGCACCAUCCCCUGAAUAUAUUCUGUGUCCCAUGCGUGCUCAGGAAUUCCCACUGCAACCCUCAACUCCUGAACCCUGGCGUUGCCUUGGCCUCCCUUAUGGGACUAAGGUUUUGCGAAAAUUGUGAGGAAAGUGUCCAGGAUGCCGUGUGGAAUCGGCUGGCUCCAUGUGCUUGUUAGUUCCACACACCUGGACCCAGGCCUUCCCUGUGGAGGCUGCAGCUGCUGCUCAGGCCAGGAGCCAGAUGGGCCUGACCCCUGGCAGGUGCUCAGGGUGGAAGCCGAGGCAGGCUCCCCUCCGUGGGAGGUGGGGGCGCUGGUCUUGGCCAUGGCUGACAGAGGUCCUGGGGUGGUGGACCCCCACGUUCUGGGCCUCUUUCCUGGCUGCGUCUUUCUCAAGGGUCGGUUCCUGCUGUUUGCAUCUUGCUCUCCAGCUUGCUCUGGUCCCUGGUGUUACUGCAGGAGUCCUGAUGAGGCUGCAAGCCCCCCAGGGCAGCCCACCUGCACCUUACAGGCAGGCAGUGGGAGGGGGCGCAGAGGGCCAGCCCACAGUUACCCAAGGUCCCAGGUCAGGAGGGUGACAUGCUGGCUCGGGUCAUGCUUUCCUACUCCUACUGCUCCCCCUCCGCCCUGCUCCCGUCCCCGGUGGCCCUGGCCCUAUCUGUAAAAUGCUCCCUGCUUCUGCUGUCCCCCCACCCCGCUCCCGUCCCCCAUGGCCCUGGCCAUCUGUAAGAUGCUCCCUGCUGCUGCUGUCCCCAUCUGGGCUCCUUGGAGGUCUAGGCUCUCUAGAUGGCCCUGGGAGCCAACCCCAGGGUCCCCCUCCCCACGUGUGGGCAGGCCCUCACCGCUGUCCUUUUGUGUGCCCAUGACAUGCUGGGGAGUGUAGAGCAGCAAGGCCCCAGGCAGACACCACACCUGUCCCUGUAGGGGGUCUUGGGGGCCUCCUGUUCCUAAGCAGGCCUCACCCCAUUUGCCUCUCGCUCUCCUUGGGGCCUAGCUUGGCCGUCUCCAGGGCUCACGUAGAGUGCCCUUCCCCCCAUCAUUUGCUGCACAGCCCAUCCCCAAGCCUCUCCCCAUGGGUUCUGUACUUCUGUCCUCAGACACGUGACCCUCUCCUGCUGGGGCGGCCUAGACCUGUUGUCUCCCUCUGUAGCCCCAGCCAUCUCCCCCCUGCCCCCACGUCCCAACCCAGCCAUUUCCCUCCAGCCACCAAGUCCCACCCCAGGCAUCUCCCCCAGGCCCCCAAGUCCCCUACCCACAGCCAUCUUCCCCUGGCCUCCACGUCCCCUACGUCCCCUACUCCCAGCCUGGCUGUGCUGGAACCACCAGGCGGGGGAGGGUCUUGCUGUUUGGCUCCUUAGUGGACCGUGCCUGACUCCACCCUGGCCACUGUGCUGUGGGGCGCAGCCUUGUCCAGCCCCCUCCUCACCCUCAGGGAGGGCGAUGCUGGCCAUGCCAGGCUGCACUGCUGUCCCACUGCCCGCUCCUGAGGUCUGGGCGGCCAGUCCUGGUCUCCCUGCCUGUCUGAGGAUGGGCAGCCUCAGGCCCCCACCAUCAGGUGGUAUUUCUCACUCCGGCCCCAAACCUGCACGCCCUCCUGCUCCAGUGAUUGUGGCCUUGGGCCCACCUUGCUCACAGCCAUUGUUCUUUCACAAGCCUCUUCCUGUUCCUGAGCCCACCCAGUGUCUCCUUUCCCCUGUCUCGUUGCUCCGCUUAGGUGCCCUGCCUAGGUGACCCCUCCCAGCUGUUCAGGAGGGACGAAUACUCUGGGUCUUGCUGCCCCUGGUGCUCGGAGUACCUGCUCUAGCUGCUGUGCAGAUGGACGCCCAUCUAGACUCCAUAUGGGGCAUGUGGCCCUCCUGUGCUGGCCCACCCUGGGUCCUUCAUCUGGGUGCUGUCAGUGCACCUGGGAUCUGCCCGGCCUGGCCCUGCCUCUGCCCAGCUCCCCACAGCUCCUCCACCCCCAGCUGCUCCCUGGCCUCAGAGAGGCUGCCUUGACCGAGUCCGCCAGCCCCACCAGUGCCGUCCCACAUAGGUUUCUUGGGACUUGCGAUGUGCUAGCAUCGCAUGGGGCAUGGGUGCCUCCAGGCGGCAAGGACAGAGGAGUGUAUGUGCUCCUCAGCGGGGCCUGGCCCUGUGCCCGCACACGGGUGGCACUCGGGGGACGCACCAGUGGAGGUUGGCUGCGUGUUAGGGGUGCCUGGGAUGCCCCUGUGCCCGCAGUCUGAGUCGCCGCCACCCACGGUGGAUGAGGGCGUGCGGCUGAAAGGAGGGGUGCCAAAGUGGGGAGGUGGGGCUGGGGACGCCCCUGGCACGGGUUUCCUCUGGGGAAGGAAGUCGUUUCUCCUCGGAGUCUGAUGGGCUUGGAUGCUUUUUGGCAGCCUUGGGGCCUCCCUCACAGGCUGCUCGCCUGGCCACCUCACAGGCAGACACUGGCUUCCUCGCCCGCCUGCCUGCUGCUUCGGGAGCUGUGGUGGGGAAGUGGCCCUGUCUGGUUCCCGGGAGUCCCGGUACUCAGCUCCCCGAGGAGGCUCGCGAUCUGCGUCCCAGCAGCACCCUGAGUGGCUCCGCUCAGCUCCCCGAGGAGGCUCGUGCUCUGGGUCCCAGCAGCACCCUGAGUGGCUGCACAGAUUGCGCCUGUGAGGGUCGGGCUGGAGAGGCGCCCUUGGGAGUGAGUGGAAGGUAGGGCUGGGUGCCAGCUGCCGCGAGGGCAGCUGCUGUGAAAAGAGGCCGCACAAAGCCCAGGGCCUUUCCCUGUGUUUGGGGUGUGCAGAGAGGCUGCUCCGGGGGAGGGGAGCCAGGGGACAGGUCAGGGUGAUGUGGCCCGCAGUGACUGGCAGCCUUUGUAAUGGGGCUCUGGGUGGGGCUGCGACUCCCAUCUGAAGACGUCGCGCGUGGGAGGCAGCUGUGAUGAAGUGCCCAUCUGAGCCCAGCGUGUGACGGGGACGCAGAGGCGGCCGAGUUCAUCCUGCCCAGCCUUGCCUGAUGUGACCAGGGGAGGAAAGGCCUGGGCUGCUGCUCCUGCAGCCCGCACCGCCCACCCCGCCCUGGUGGAAGCGGCUCCUGUCGGUGGGGUGGGGGCACGCCCCUGGCAGCACAGCAGCCUGUCCUGGCAGAAGUGGGGGCUGAGCUCUCCUGGCGCUCCUGACCCUCCUGGGGAGUCAGAUUUAACCAGCUGCUCUGGGGGACAGAGACACCCCAGGACCCCCUGAGCACGUGUGGGACUGGCUCUUCCUGCCAAGCCUCAGGUUUCCCAGCUUCACGGCCGUUCCAGCCCGACAUUCUCUUUGGCUAAGGGGCUAAGGGUAAACUUAACAUGACCUUGGCGUGACCCUUGCCCGGGUGAGGACGUCCCCCUGCCCUGGAUGUGCACUUGAGGCCUUGAGCUGCUCUAAGGGCCCAGAGCCGAGGCGAGUGACCAGUGCCAGGCUUGGGACAGUGAUGGAGCCAGAAGGGGGCUUGACCAACCCAAGGGGUGGGUGGCACCAAUCUCUGCUGGCAUGGGGGCAGCGAGGGUCCUCCCCAGCAGAGCUUCGUGGAGAGCAGGGGUGCUGAGCUGAGCAGGGAUGCCGGGGCUGUCUGUGGAGGGCACAGGGCAGACGGGCAAGUCCUCUGGCAGCCAGCUUUGCAGGUGACAGAGACCCCUGGGAAGGGGCCCACGCAGAGGCUCUGCAGCGCCUGCUGAGGAUGCACGGAGCUGAGGUGGUCGGCUUGAGCCUCGUGCCGUGAAGGCGCCAUGGAAACGUGGGGGCGGGGGCGCCGGACAGGGUAGCCGGGCCUUGUCACCUGAUGUAUCCCCGGCUGGCGGCCAUUGGUAUUCCCUUAGCAGCUGCUUGGAACACGUUUCUUCUCUGUCCUGGAAAGCUCCGCAGAGCGACAGCUGCUCUGUUCCCCACAGGGUGGAGCCACUGGGUGGUCUUUGGGAAGAGGCUUCCUGCCUUCGCCACCAUCCCCAUCCACCAGCUGCAGCAUGAGAAGAAAUAUGAUAUCUACUUUGCAGAUGGAAAGGUGUACGCAUUGUACAGGCAGCUGCUGCAGCACGAGUGCCCGCGGUGCCCCGAGCUGCCACCUUUCAGCCUCUUCGGGGACCUGGAGCAGCACAUGCGGAGGCAGCAUGAGCUCUUCUGCUGCCGGCUGUGCCUCCAGCACCUCCAGAUCUUCACAUAUGAGCGCAAGUGGUACUCGCGCAAGGACCUGGCCCGGCAUCGCAUGCAGGGUGACCCUGAUGACACGUCGCACCGUGGGCACCCGCUCUGCAAGUUCUGUGACGAGCGCUACCUGGACAAUGAUGAGCUGCUUAAGCACCUGCGCCGCGACCACUACUUCUGCCACUUCUGCGACUCGGACGGGGCCCAGGACUACUACAGCCCUCCUACCGACACCCCAUCUCCUGCCAGCGACUAUGCCUACCUGCGUGAGCACUUCCGGGAGAAGCACUUUCUGUGUGAGGAAGGCCGCUGCAGCACGGAGCAGUUCACCCACGCCUUCCGCACCGAGAUCGACCUCAAGGCCCACAGGACAGCCUGCCACAGUCGCAGCCGCGCCGAGGCACGCCAGAACCGCCACAUUGACCUGCAGUUCAGCUACGCGCCACGGCACUCGCGCCGGAACGAGGGGGUCGUUGGUGGCGAAGACUACGAGGAGGUGGACAGGUACAGCCGCCAGGGCCGAGUGGCCCGGGCUGGCACUCGCGGAGCCCAGCAGAGCCGCCGAGGAAGCUGGAGGUACAAAAGGGAAGAAGAGGACCGAGAAGUAGCAGCUGCUGUCCGGGCCUCCGUGGCCGCACAGCAGCAGGAGGAGGCUCGCAGGAGUGAGGAUCAGGAGGAAGGUGGUAGGCCCAAGAAGGAGGAGGCAGCGGCGCGGGGUCCUGAGGAUCCCCGUGUCCCCCGGCGCUCACCCCGGACUCAGGGCGAAGGCCCAGGCCCCAAGGAAACCUCGACAAAUGGUCCUGUAAGCCAAGAAGCCUUCUCGGUGACAGGCCCAGCCGCCCCAGGGUGUGUGGGGGUGCCAGGCGCCCUCCCACCACCCAGCCCAAAGCUCAAGGACGAAGACUUCCCCAGCCUCUCUGCCUCCACUUACUCCUCCUGCUCCACUGCAGCAACCCCGGGCCCUGUGGGGUUGGCGCUGCCGUAUGCCAUCCCUGCCAGAGGCAGGAGUGCCUUCCAGGAGGAAGACUUCCCCGCCCUGGUGUCCUCGGUGCCCAAGCCUGGCACCGCCCCCACCAGCCUUGUCUCUGCCUGGAACAGCAGCAGUAGCAGCAAGAAGGUAGCACAGCUCCCACUCUCGGCGCAGGCUACCGGCAGCGGCCAGCCCACCAGGAAGGCUGGGAAGGGGAGCAGGGGCAGCAGGAAGGGCGGCCCGCCCUUCACACAGGAGGAGGAGGGCGGCAGCCCGGCCGUGCAGGAGCUUCUAAGCACACGCCCCACGGGCUCCGUCUCCUCCACACUGGGGCCGGCCUCCAUCCAACCCUCUAAAGUUGGGAAGAAGAAGAAAGUGGGCUCGGAGAAGCCAGGCACCACAUUGCCACAGCCCCCGCCCACUACCUGUCCCCCAGGGGCUUUGCAGGCCCCGGAAGCUCCUGCCAGCAGAGCCGAGGGGCCAGUUGCCGUCGUCGUUAAUGGACACACAGAGGGCCCGGCCCCUGCUCGGAGUGCCCCCAAGGAACCCCCUGGGCUCCCAAGGCCCCUGGGGUCCUUCCCCUGCCCCACGCCACAGGAGGACUUCCCAGCGCUCGGCGGCCCCUGCCCACCCCGGAUGCCGCCGCCCCCAGGCUUCAGCGCUGUGGUGCUCCUGAAGGGCACGCCUCCCCCACCCCCGCCGGGCCUGGUGCCCCCAAUCAGCAAGCCGCCCCCCGGCUUCUCUGGCCUUCUGCCUAGCCCCCACCCGGCCUGUGUCCCCAGCCCCGCCACCACCACCACCACAAAAGCACCCAGGCCGCUGCCUGCCCCACGGGCCUACCUAGUCCCCGAGAACUUCCGGGAGAGGAACCUUCAGCUCAUCCAGUCCAUCAGGGACUUCCUGCAGAGCGACGAGGCCCGCUUCAGCGAGUUCAAGAGCCACUCAGGGGAGUUCAGACAGGGCCUGAUCUCCGCAGCCCAGUAUUACAAGAGUUGCCGGGACCUGCUGGGGGAGAAUUUCCAGAAGGUCUUUAAUGAGCUGCUGGUCCUGCUGCCCGACACGGCCAAGCAGCAGGAGCUCCUGUCUGCACACACGGACUUCUGCAACCGUGAGAAGCCUCUGAGCACCAAAUCCAAGAAGAACAAGAAGAGCGCGUGGCAGGCCACCACCCAGCAGGCGGGCCUGGACUGCCGUGUGUGCCCCACCUGCCAGCAGGUGCUCGCGCAUGGCGACGCCAGCAGCCACCAGGCGCUGCAUGCUGCCCGGGACGACGACUUCCCCUCCCUGCAAGCCAUCGCCAGGAUCAUCACGUAGCUCCCGCCAGCGUGGCCAGAGCUGUCGCACCGUGAGCGUCCUUCCUCCUUCCUCUCCGGGCUGCCAGGCAGCCAGGUAAGGCCUGGUGAGGCCACUUGGCCUCUUGGUUGGCCAGGCCCACCAGGAAGUCACCAGGACAGUCCACCCGCCCUGUUGGCACACUCAAGCGGGAGUCCACCCCUGCCUCAGUGGUGGGCCAGUCUCGGUUUGCAUUCUUGUGCUUUUGGGAGGCGCCAGGGGAGGGAAGGGCUGGGAUGCUGGGACCUGUUGUUGCUGGCAAAGCCAGAGGCCACAGUGGCCUGAUCUGGGCCCUCCCAAAGCUGAGGGCUGCAGCCCGUGGGGCCUCAGAGCUGAAAGCUGCGGCGCCACUGGUGCCAGAGUCAGAUGUCACAGAUGUGUGUUGUGUAAACAGUUGGCUGUUUCGUGCUUCAAGAAUGUUCAGGAUUAAAAGCAGACAAGAAAUUGUGCUACUUGAAGUUGAAUCUUUUUAUGAGACAAGCUGAAUCUGGGAUCUCAAAUUGCCUCUGACCUUUUAUAAGACAGUUUAUCUUCAAAUAAAUUUAUUUUGCAAUACCACGCA